AAUUUAGCUCUUACAAAUUAGUUUUACCUUCUACACACACUGAACCAACAUGUCAUGGGUGGAAUCAGCCUUCAAACCCGGGGAAUUCUUGUUUACUUUCUCUUAGUUCAUGUUCCGUUAUCUGACGGGAGGAGACCGGUGAUGGGGCAGUGGGGUGUAUGGAGUCCCUGGUCAGGAUGCACUGCGUCCUGUGGCUCCGGUAUAUCUACCAGAACGGCCAACUGGAUCAUGAACGGCAUUAAAACACAGUAUUUGUUUCACGACAUCAUGGAGUGCUCCAGUCCCGCCAAAUGUCCCGAGGAUGGACAUUGGGGCAUGUGGACAGUAUGGAGUAAAUGUCCAGUGAUUUGUGGGGGAGGUGUGGCAAAACGCCACAGGAAAUGCGACAACCCGGAGCCCUCGUAUGGAGGACGAGAUUGCACGGGGGAAGAUUCCCAGAAACAGAUCUGCAACAACAGAACAUGUCCAGUUAUUCCGAAAAGCUUUGAUCCUAGUAUAUGCAUGACAGAUGUCUUUAUUUGCAAAAGUGCAAAGUACUGCGUUCAGAAGAUGUAUCAGUGCGACGGACGACUUGAUUGUGACGAUGGAAGCGAUGAAAGCAAUUGUGUUAUCGAUGUACAAAUCAACCCCACGGAGAACUCUGGAUUUCAAAUAUUGACGUCAAACAGCAUCAUGAUAGCAAUGGCUGUAAUUUUGCAUAUCAAUUGCCAGUGAUAAUCGUUGUAAAUCCGAUAAACGCAAUGUACCAACCACAUCAUCGAUAUGGAACUUAAAGCUAUUUAACCUCUUUAAGCAAUGGAUUUAAUAAAAACUUCAGUAAUUAUUA